AUGUCGCACCCCGGCAAGUUUGUCUCCGUCAACCUCAACCGAUCCUACGGCCAGCCCGCUCCCUCAUCACACCAUGGCGGUGGCGGCGGCGGCCGCCCCUCCCGCCCCGCCGGCGCCGGCUCCUCAGCCGGCGGCGGCGCAUGGUGGUGCUCUCCCGCCCGCGCGGAGCCUCCUCCCUCGCCAAGCCGCAGGCACCCAAGCUCUCCGUCCCGCCGCCGCUCAACCUACCGUCGCUCCGCAAGGAGCACGAGCGAUUCGACGGCUCGGCGGCCGCUGCGGGGGGCGGGGUCGCCUCGGCCCCGCCUCGAUCCGGCGGGCCUGCUGCCGGCUGGACCAAGCCCGCCCCGGCGUCCGAGAAGCCUCUCGGCUCCGCAGUGCUUCCUGGCGGCGUCGCCAGGCCACCGUCAUAUGGGUUUGCGGAGAAAGCCGUCGUCUUGCGCGGGAGGACUUCCGUCCUUGAAAGCAGCUGUUGCCCCGCCGACACCUCCGCAGCCUGCGCAGCGGCAGAAGGAUGCUGAUGGGGCGCGGGUCGUCACACCAGAGGCGCGACCAGGACCUCUUGGGAUGCGGCCGCAGGUGACAACCUCGCGGGCCACUGAGCCACUGGCCUCUGGUGGGAGCUUGGGACCUGGUGGCCGCACUUCCGCUGAGAGGGUGCAGAAGCCUGAUCUGGGGCCGCUUCCGAUGGUCCGGCUUAGGUAUGAUUCUGACUGGGCUGAUGACGAGCGUGACACAGGGCUGAGCCUUCCAGAGCGGGACAGCAGGGAGAGGGGAUUUGGCAGGACUGAGGCCAUGCUUCCAGGGCGCGACCUUUAUGGAGCAAUGAGGGAGCCCUUCAAAAAGGAGCUGUUUGGGAGAGAUGCGGCUGCAACAAAUAAAGAAGGUGGGCAAGACGGCCUGUGGCGAUCUCCCGUGUCAAACCAACACGAUAGGGAGCGAACAGAUGGCCGACCAUACAGUGGUGGCAGAGGAAGCAGUGGGCAAUCAUAUCGGGAAAGCAUAGCUGCCGGAAAGGAUGUGUGGAGUAAUAGUAAGGAGCCUCCUAUGCGUGCCUAUGGUCAGAAUGGGGUGGAACAGUAUGGAACCACACGAGUUGGGGAAGCUGCUAGCGAGCGUUACGGCAACAGUUCAAAUAAUUGGCCUAGGUUGAAUUCUUUCCAGAAUAAUGUUGGUUCCAAAGUGCAGCCCUUUAGUGGUAAUAAAGGGCCUUUAAUUAAUGAUCCAGUGGCAAAAUUUGGUAGGGAGAAGCGGCUGACUGGUUCCCCUGCUAAGCCUUUAAUAGAGGAUAGCGGUUUUGACAGCAUUUCUGCCGUUAACUUGACUGCAAUAAAGAAGAAGAAAGAAGCAGCUAAACCAGCUGAUUUUCAUGACCCAGCAAGGGAGUCGUUUGAGGCAGAGCUUGAUAGGAUCUUGAGGGUACAGGAGCAGGAGAGACAACGGGUAAUGGAAGAACAGGAAAGGGCCAGAGAAGUUGCUCGGAAGCAAGAAGAGGAACGGGAGAGGCUGAUACGAGAAGAGGAAGAGAGGCAACGUCUGAUGGAGGAGCAGGCAAAGCAGGCAGCUUGGCAAGCUGAGCAAGAGAGGCUGGAAGCCGCUAAAAGGGCUGAGGAGCUGAGAAUUGCCAGGGAGGAGGAAAGGAAGAGGAUUGCCAUUGAGGAGGAGCGGCGUAGGGAGGCAGCGCGUCAGAAGCUCCUAGAAUUGGAGGCAAAAAUUGCUAGAAGACAAGCAGAAUCAAACAUUGGCAGCGCAAGAGCUGUCAAUGAUGAAUUUAUUCCUGGAGAUAUCAAGGACAGAGACCUGUCACACUCUGCUAACUUUGGUGACAGAAACGAUAUUGAUAAAAUGAACGAGUGCAUCAAUACCUCAGCACCAUUGGAAUCCUCUAGUCUUAACAGGUUCAGUGAGACAGUUCCAAGGGUGCACACUCUUACGGAUGGACGCUCUUCAUUUAUUGAUAGAGAAAAUGCAUACUAUAGUUCACGAGCUGCAUUUCCAGAACAAGAGAAUGUGCAUCAUAGUCCACGGCGUGACCCUUUUGCUGCAAAGAGGGGAAAUUUCCCUAAGAAAGAUCUUAAUGAUGGAUUUGGGAGUGUUUCGGUCAGGCAAUCUUCAACAGGCCGAACAACUGAUUCUCCAUGGGCACUCGAAGAUUUCCGUCAUGAAAAGGUUCCACGAUGGGAUGCGCCUAGGGAGAUUGACCGUUUCAGCAAACAAUCUGACUUUGACAAUGAGCUUUUUAACAGUGACAGGUUUGGAGAUACAGCUUGGCUGCCUAGUAGUUCUCAUGGAAGCCUCAAUGCUCAUGCUCAACAAGGAGAUAGGAUGUUUCAGAGUCCUGAUGUUAAUGAAUUGUCUUCUUUUACCAGACCAUGCUACUCUAUGCGGCAACCACGUGUCCCCCCACCCCCAAUUGUGACAUCUGUGCGAAGUUCAGUCGGUGCUUCAGCUCAACGUAUCAAUUCAUCUUUUGUGGAUGGUGGGAACGGAGAGAGUUCUGGUAGAGAUGAUGUGCAGAUUAUGCAGGGUCAGUAUGGAAGUGCAUACCAAGAGGCAUCUCGCCAGCAUGGGAUACGACCUGACCACAUUUCUGUUAAUGAGCACCAAAUUGUGGACAGAAAAAGCCCUGUAUUGGGUUCACAAUCUUCUCUUUCUGUUUCAAGCCCUCCUAGCUCACCUCCACAUGUUUCGCAUGAUGAGAUGGAUGUAUCGGGUGAUUCUCCUGCGUUACCGACUUCUACUGAUGGUGAACGAACGGUGCUCUCUGACAACGACAAUGCAGCUCUGACUGUAGAUGCAGACAAUACAAGCAGAAUUGCUGCCUCAGGAGUGCCCCACUUGGAGGAUGAUGAAUGGUCAAGUGUAAACAAUGAUGAUAGGCGGAAACAGGAUGAAUAUGAUGAAGACAAUGAUAGCUACCAGGAGGAUGAAAUCAAUGAAGCUGAUGAUGAGAAUAUUGACUUGGAUGAUGAGUUCUUAGAGGGACAGAAUACACCUGUAGAACUGGAACCAGUUAUACUUGGAUUUGAUGAGGGCGUGCAGGUUGAAAUUCCACCGAAUAGUCAACUUGAAUUAGCUUCUGUGAGGAGCACUGAAAGGACUGUUGGAGUACAUCUAUACUCAGGAGUUGCAGAGCAAGAGAAUGUCAGUGGUUCAGUUGUCCAUUCUGAUCCUGUUACUGAAGCAGAGAAAGCACUGCAGGCAUUGACUCUUGAUCGUGUAAAUGCCCUGACAAAAGACAGUAAUGGGGAGCCAUUCAAUAGCUUAGGGACACCUGCUUCAAGUUCCCAGUUACCUCAGGCAUCUUCUGCAGGUCCUAUUUUUUCAUCAGCUUCAGCAGUAGUUGGGCAGAAUGAAGUACCUGUUAGCCUCCAGUUUGGUUUGUUUACAGGUCCUCCUCUAAUACCAACUCCAGUUCCAGCCAUUCAAAUUGGUUCCAUACAGAUGCCAAUCCAUCUCCACAAUCAGUUUAACCCAUCCCUGCCUCACAUGCACCCUUCAACAGCCCCUUUAUAUCAGUUUGGCCAGUUGAGGUAUGCCCGUCCUAUCGCCCCGAGUGUUCGAUCGCUGCCUUCUCAGGCCAUCCGCCCUGUACAUUCUUCCAUACCAGCUCAACAUACAUUGAAUCAGAAUGCGUCCAGUGUUCUACCUGAGCUAACGGAUGGAGAUACAAACCAGAACAUCCCAGCUCAGGCAAGCUCAUCCACCUUUAUCAAUAAAUCAGCAGCGCCUACAGACAAGCUUCCCCUUGGAAUGGACAGUUCAAACUCUCAGUAUCUCAAUGCUCCUGCAAACAAUCAGAUGGCUGGUGUGGAGGGAUUUCAUGGCCAGGUGGACAGAGAAUCUGCUGAGGGUACAACUCCCAGUGGUAGGAAUCAAGAUCUCUCUUUGAAGAGGAAUUACAGACCUACCUCCAACAAUGUAGAAUCUUCUCAAUAUGGUUUGGAGGGGAGAGCCAUGGGUGAUCCAAAGGCUCCUGGUGUUGUCUCUGAUAGAAGGGGGAGGAGAUAUGGUUAUGCUGUUAAAGACAUCAACAUGAGAUCUACCGGCUCAUUUGUUGAACCUUCUCAUAAAGAUUCCAAAGGAGGAUUCCAGAGAAGGGCUCGUAGGAAUGUAAGACGGACUGAGUUUAGAGUUCGGGAGAACAUCGAGAAGAAUCAAAAUGAAACUUCUGAGUCAUUUUGCCAUGGUGAACAAGACGAGAUGACAUGCUCCAAUGGAACAAGAGAUGUUCCAGCGAGAAAUACUAAUAGAAGGGAACUUGAUAUGAACAAGGCUUCUAGGAUAAAUGAAGCAAGUGAUCAGAGUGUCUCAUUUAGAAGUACACACAAUGUUCCUUAUGAGAGAUCUCAUGGUGGGAGCAAGAAGUCUAGAACAGGCUCCCGCAAACAGCAUAGUGUUUCCCUACAAAGCUCAGUUGGUCCUAGCGUGAAUAAGCGAGCAGCUCCUUCGAGUGGAGAAGUUCCAAAGAAAGUUUCUUCCGGUUCUGCCAUCACGGUAGAAGGAAGAAUUGCUGACUAUGCUGAAACUUCAGUUCCAUCGAUGGUUGAUACGGCUUCCAUGAACCUCAUAGGGCCACCUUCAACCAAUGCAGAAGCUCAUACAAACUGCUUUGCCAAUCAGCCUAUCCAGAUCCAGACAUCCUCUGACUUGGUCACCUCCAGUCCUGCAAAGCUUGUGAGUGGCUUAUCUGAAGACAACAAUAAAGGGGCAUCUAUUAGUACUCCAUUUAACAUGGUUUCCUGGGAUAAUUCACAAAUAAACCAGCAGGUUAUGCCAUUAACUCAAACUCAACUUGAAGAAGCUAUGAGACCAGCUAAAUUUGAACAGCAGGCUGGGUCUGGCUUUUCUUUGGAGUCCAACAAUGCUUUGUCUCCCACAGUAACCACAGAAAAGGUGUUCCCUUCAUCUGCUAGUCCGAUUAAUUCCCUUCUGGCUGGAGAGAAGAUUCAAUUUGGGGCAGUAACCUCGCCAACCAUGCUACCCCCAGUUAGCCGAACUGUUUCAAGUGGUCUUGGAGCUCCAGGUUCAUCUAGGCCUGAUAUGAAGAUUGAUCGUGGCUUGUCUAGCGAUAACAGUGGUCCUGAUAAGGCAAAUUCCAAGGAAUUAUGUCCGAGUACCGAGGAUGCAGAAGCAGAGGCUGAAGCAGCUGCUUCUGCUGUGGCUGUGGCAGCUAUUAGCACUGAUGAGGGAUCUCCAGCUGAUGCGACUACAGCAUCGGCUCCAGACACCAAGAGCUUUACAAGCAAGGAUCUCAGUGGGUUAACAUCAGGAGGGGCAAGAACAGGUCAAGCUGGUCAAUCAUCCACCGAAGAGCUGCUCACAGUUGCUCUUCCUGCAGACUUAUCAGUUGAUACUCCAUCCAUGUCCUUGUGGCCUCCUAUAGCCAGUCCACAAGCAUCAGGGCCAAUGCUUUCUCAGUUUCAUGGUGCACAGCCAUCCCACUUUUCCUGCUUUGAUAUGAAUUCGAUGUUAGGAGGGCACAUUUUUGCAUUUGGCCCAAGUGACGAAUCUGCUGGUUCUCGAGGUCAGCACCCUCAAAGAAGCAAUGCAUUGCCUUCAGCACCAUUGGGAGCUUGGCCGCAGUGUCAUUCUGGGGUAGACUCUUUCUACCGUCCUCCAACUGGGUACGCUGGUCCUUUCAUUACUCCAGGUGGAAUCCCAGGCGUGCAAGGUCCCCCACAUAUGGUGGUCUAUAACCACUUCGCCCCAGUAGGGCAAUUUGGUCAGAUGGGACUUGGUUUUAUGGGAGCCACUUAUAUCCCUGGUGACAAGCAGCCUGAUUGGAAGCAAAGCCAAGGACCACCUAUUGUUGGUGUAAGCCAGAGUGAUCCAAACAGCCAAAAUAUGGUGUCUGGUCAAUUAAAUGCUCCUAGUGUUCCUGCUCCAGUUCCACAUCUACGCCCAACUUCUAUCAUGCCAAUCCCGUCUCCAUUGACCAUGUUCGACAUUGCUCCUUUCCAGACAUCUACAGACAUACAGAUGCAAACGUGUUGGCCACAUAUGCCUGUACCUCUACGCUCAGUUCCAUUAUCAGUUGCACUUCAGCAGCAUCCAGUAGAUGGUACAGCCACACAACAGUUUGUUCAUAACGUGCCAGUAGACAAGUCCAGUACAAAUAACCGAUUUCAGGAGUCCUCUGUUUCUGCUGGACCAUCAGAUGGCAACAAGACCUUCCCAAAUGCAGCUGCCUCUCAGUACAGAGAUGAGUUAGGUCUUGUCGAACAGCCAGCCUCAACUAGUUCAAGCUCCCAAACUGUUCAGCCUUCAUUUGGCCAGGCAGGCGUGAUCAGCAAUGAAGUCUCGACCAGUGCCAAAGUCAUGGUUAGAGCGACCCCAUCUAAAGUCAACCCUGAACUGCCGCAGGGGUUGCUAGCAACACGAACGGCCCUCAGGUCACCAGCAUACCUUCCAAGACCCAUCAGUCGCCAUCAUCAUCAGACCAGCAGUACCAGCAUCCGUUAA